CGCUGAUUGGAGGAGAGGAUCGGGCGCGGAGCGGAAGAGACGCGUGAGGGGAGGAAGAUGGCGGACAAGGAGAAGAAGAAGAAGGAGAGCAUCUUGGAUCUUUCCAAGUACAUCGACAAGGCCAUCCGCGUCAAGUUCCAGGGCGGGAGGGAAGCCAGUGGCGUCCUGAAAGGCUUUGACCCGCUCCUCAACCUGGUGCUGGACGGGACCAUCGAGUACAUGAGAGACCCGGACGACCAGUACAAGCUGACGGAGGACACGCGCCCGCUGGGGCUGGUGGUCUGCCGAGGGACCUCGGUGGUCCUGAUCUGCCCCCAGGACGGCAUGGAGGCCAUCCCCAACCCCUUCGUCCAGCAGCAGGACGGCUAGUAUACGGGCCGGCUAGGACACUGGGCAGCCGAGGAAGUCUUGAGGUCGGGAAACAGCACCCAAAUUGGGGAGAAAUUUUCCCUCUUGGACAAAGAAUACAAAGACACUCCCCUUGUUGGUGCUUCUUUGUUUUCUGGUUGGGUUUGUGUUAUGAUUUGUUACUGUUGAGCCCUAGAGUCGGGCUCGAAUCGAGAACAAUUUCUUGGUUUUUUCCCUCUGUUCUAAAAUAGUAAUAAACCUUCCCUCAACGGC